AUGGCGAGCGCCAAUGGCGCGCCCCUCCCUCCGCGCGUGGCGCGCGAGGUGGCGCGGGAGCUGAGGGCGCUGCAGCAGAGCGCGCUGGACGGCAUCCGGGUGACGGUUCACGACGACAGCAUCGCAACCGUCCUUGCUGAGAUCGACGGCCCUGAGGGCACGCCGUACGAGGGCGGCGUGUUCCGCAUGAAGCUGCUGCUCGGGCGCGACUUCCCCAACUCCGCCCCCAAAGGCUUCUUCCUGACGCGCAUUUUCCACCCCAACGUGGCCAAGAGCGGCGAGAUCUGCGUGAGCGUGCUAAAAAAGGACUGGAAGGCCACCCUCGGACUCAAGCACGUGCUGCUGGUGAGCUGGGACAAAAAUAUCUCAUUUGAUUCGGUUUGA